UAAUCCAUUUUCUGAAGUAUUUAAUACUAUGGUCUGAACAGAGCAUUUUGGUGAGGAAGGUUGGUUUUCGCUGAGCUGUGUGUUCUCCUCUCAAUAUUUUAAAAGACCUUCCCUUCAUAUGGUCCCCUUUGUAUCAUAAAUCACACUCAUUCUUCUAACUUCUUUUUUCUCUUCUCUAUUUCAACUUGUUAUUAUUAUUUUUUUCUCUCUAUGGAGAUGUGGGAACAUUUUGAGACACCAUGAAAUUCCAAAUCUUUAAUCUCCAUUCAUGGUGGUGGAGGAUUCUUGUUUUUCUUUUUCUGUUCGGAUUUCAAGCUUCUGGGCUUAACACUGAUGGAGUUUUGUUACUGACAUUCAAGUACAAUAUUCUGAGUGACCCUUUAAGUGUUCUACAGAACUGGAAUUCUUGGGAUGAAACGCCUUGUUCAUGGAAAGGAGUAGCCUGUGGAAACCCAAAUGCUUCGGACCCAAACCUUCGAGUAACAAAUUUGUCUCUUCCUAAUGCACAGCUUCUUGGUUCUAUUCCUUCUAGUCUUGGUAUGAUUCAGUAUCUUACAAAUCUUGAUCUUUCUAAUAAUUCUAUCAAUGGGUCUAUUCCUCUUACUCUUUUUAGUGCCCCUGAGCUCCAAAGACUUGAUUUUUCUAACAACAGAAUCUCUGGUGAGUUGCCUGAGAUUGUCGGACGUUUAAAGAAUCUUCAGUUUCUUAAUUUAUCCGGCAACUCUUUGGCGGGAAACUUACCGGCAAAUCUUACUAGGCUUCGUAAUCUAACUGUUGUUUCUUUGAAAGAUAAUUACUUUUUUGGUGCUGUUCCGUUUGGGUUUAAUUCAGUUGAAGUUUUAGAUCUGUCUUCUAAUUUGAUUAAUGGGUCAUUGCCUCCUAAUUUUGGAGGUAGAAAUCUUCGUUACUUUAAUGUUUCUUUUAAUAGACUUUCUGGAGAUAUCCCACCUGAAUUUGCCAGCAAUAUACCUCCAAAUGCAACUUUAGAUCUUUCGUAUAACAAUUUUAGUGGUGCAAUUCCCGAGUCAAGUGUUUUCAUUAACCAAAGUAGAAAAUCUUUUUAUGGGAAUCCUGAAUUAUGUGGUGCCCCGCUGAAAAAUUUGUGUCCAAUUCCAUCCACAAGAACAACUCUGCCAGGUUCCUCUGAGCCAACUUCUUCUCCAGCAAUUGCAGCUAUUCCCAAGACCAUAGACUCAAACCGGGCAGCCGAAUCCGCAGAUUCAGCAUCCGGCUCUUCAAAAGAAGGCAAAAGUGGGCUGAAAACAGGUACAAUUAUUGGUAUAAUAGCAGGGGAUAUUGCAGCAGUAGUUGUUUUAGCACUGAUUUUCAUGUACGUAUAUCGUGCAAAAAAGAAGAAAAAGAACAUUGAAAACAGCAUAAAACAAGAAGCCGAAACCGCUAAAGAUUUUGACUGGGCAUCGUCAGCAUCAUCGGAAGAAUACAACUGGUUAAGGUCAUGGACUUGUUUGAGAAAACAAAGGCAAGGAGAUGGCGACGAAUUAUCUGAAGCUUCCAGUUCAGAAAGUGAAGAAAGUGAAGAAAAAUCCCAAUUGGGUCAUCAGCAGAAUCACGUGAAUACAACAGAACAAAAAACAGGUGAGUUAGUAACGGUUGAUGGAGAAAGGGAACUCGAAUUAGAGACUUUGCUUAAGGCAUCUGCUUACAUUUUGGGUGCUAGUGGUUCAAGUAUAAUGUACAAGGCGGUGUUAGAAGAUGGUACAACACUGGCAGUGCGACGAAUUGGAGAAAGUGGCAUGGAAAGGUUUAAAGAUUUUGAGAAUCAGGUGAAGAUAAUUGCUAAAUUGGUGCACCCAAAUUUGGUUAAAAUUCGUGGCUUCUAUUGGGGUGCUGAAGAGAAAUUGGUCAUUUACGAUUUUGUUCCUAAUGGUAGCCUUGCCAAUGCACGUUACAGAAAAGCUGGUUCUUCGCCAUGCCACGUACCGUGGGUAAUCCGGCUAAAGAUUGCUAAGGGCGUGGCUCGUGGGCUCGCUUACAUUCAUGAAAAGAAACAUGUCCACGGCAAUUUGAAGCCGAGUAACAUUUUACUGGGGGCAGAUAUGGAGCCAAAGAUUGGUGAUUUUGGAAUUGAAAGACUUGUAACAGGAGAUAGCAGUCAUAAGACGUAUGGAUCAGCUCGUAAUUUUGGUAGCAAAAGGUCCACAGCUUCCCGUGAGAGCUUCCAGGACUUUACAUCUGGGCCUACUCCAAGCCCAAGUCCAAGUGCAUUGGGCAUAUCUCCUUACCAUGCACCCGAGUCGCUUCGUAGCCUCAAGCCCAACCCGAAGUGGGAUGUUUUCUCAUUUGGGGUGGUGUUGCUGGAGUUGCUAACUGGGAAGGUGAUUGUUACGGAUGAGAUGGGACCUGCUGCGGUCAUCGGGGCUGCCACGUCAGGAGGGGAAGAGAAGAGUAAAGUGUUGCGUCUGGCUGAUGUGGCGAUACGUGCUGACGUGGAAGGGAAAGAGGAUGCCUUGUUGGCACUGAUGAAGGUAGGGUAUAGUUGUAUAUCACCAACCCCUCAGAAGAGACCAGGCAUGAGAGAUGUGGUUCAAGCACUGGAAAAAUUUCCAACUAAUUUAACCACCUCACCAUAUUAUUAUGGUCCGUAGCAAUGAUUAAAUGAGGGACACAAUUGUAGAGACCUUGUAUGUAAUGAGACUGACAACUUCUUGUUUUUUUCUUUUUUUUCCAUUUAUUUUGGUUUGUCCUUCUAAUAUAGUAUUAGCCAUUGGUUUUCUUUUUAAUAGUGAUUAUCCUCAUAGGUUUUGUGCUGUAUUUUUCUUAAGGUAUGGUGACUUUGAAUUAUCAAUAUCUGACAACUUAUUCUGUGUUUGCGUA